CUGACUGUUAUCGAUAGUUGACGCGGUAAUCGUGCGCCCAAUUGCCACCUCUAGCACCAGCUGCCACCGCUUCCCGCGCAUUUUCGUCGCCCAGCAACACCAUCCAGACAACGUGGAAUUCCCGCAGAAGCAGAGACCGGCAUUAUUUCCAUUUUUCGGACACAAAAAAUUGUGAAAAUACCAGUAAAAAUGCCGCGCAGAAAGGCCCUGACGAACAACAACAAUGCCGGCGAGUCGGAGGAACAUCCUCCCAAGGCAAAGCGCGGCAGGGUCGCCUUUCAUCUGGACCUGCCCCAUCGGAGGACUAUUGUGGGCACUGUGCUGGUCUGCGGCAACGGGGAUGUGGGCCAACUGGGCCUCGGCGAGGACAUCCUGGAGCGCAAGCGUCUUAGUCCGGUGGCGGGAAUCCCGGAUCCCGUAGACAUCUCCGCUGGCGGCAUGCACAACCUGGUGCUGACCAAAUCGGGGGACAUCUACUCCUUCGGCUGCAACGAUGAGGGCGCCCUGGGUCGCGACACCAGCGAGGAUGGCAGCGAAUCCACGCCAGGACUGAUCGAUUUGCCCGGCAAGGCUUUGUGCAUUUCGGCGGGAGAUUCGCAUUCUGCUUGUCUGCUGGAGGAUGGACGCGUCUUCGCUUGGGGCUCGUUCCGGGACUCCCAUGGCAACAUGGGCCUCACCAUCGACGGGAACAAGCGUACGCCCAUCGAUCUGAUGGAGGGCACUGUCUGCUGCAGCAUCGCCUCGGGCUCCGAUCACCUGGUCAUCCUGACCACGGCCGGGAAGGUCUUCACCGUGGGCUGUGCCGAACAAGGACAGUUGGGCCGGCUCUCAGAGCGUUCCAUCUCGGGAGAGGGUCGUCGUGGCAAGCGCGACUUGCUGCGGCCCACCCAGCUCAUCAUCGCGCGGGCCAAACGCUUCGAAGCCAUCUGGGCCACCAACUACUGCACAUUCAUGCGCGAAUCGCAGACGCAGAUCACGUGGGCCACCGGACUAAAUAACUUCAAGCAGUUGGCCCACGAGACGAAGGGCAAAGAGUUCGCAGUGACGCCCAUCAAGACGGAACUCAAGGAUAUCCUACAGAUUUCCGGCGGUCAGCAUCACACUGUGGUCCUGACCACAGACCUCAAGUGUUCGGUGGUGGGUCGUCCGGAGUACGGGCGCCUUGGUCUGGGCGAUGUCAAGGAUGUUGUGGAGAAGCCGACGCUUGUGACGAAGCUGAGUGACAAGAUCGUGGCUGUGGGCUGCGGCGAAGUCUGUUCCUAUGCCGUUUCCGAGGAUGGCAAACUGUAUUCCUGGGGCUCCGGCGUCAACAAUCAACUGGGCGUUGGCGAUGGAGACGACGAGCUCGAGCCAGUAGUGGUGGCGAGCAAGAACACGCAGAACAAGCGGAUGCUGCUCGCAUCUGGCGGUGGCCAGCAUGCCCUUUUCCUCGUGGAGGCGGAUAAACAGGAGCAAAAGGAGAAUAUACCGGCUAAGGCGUCCGGCAGCAGCAGCAGCAAAAAGGACAAGACACCGCCGCAGAACGAUGCUGAUAAGGAGGCCGAACAGGAGGCAACUCCAGCUCCUCCUUCCAAGAAGGCGAAGCCAUCCGGCAGCAGCAGCAGCACUAAAAAGGACAAGACUCCGCCGCAGGAUGAUGCCGAGAUGGAGGCCGAAGGGGAACCGACUCCCAAAAAGGCGGAGAAAGCCAAGAAGCCGACAGCCAAACGAGGCGGAAAAAAGACAUAGGAUUAAGUAUAAGUGCGAUAACUUUCCUCCCAAUUUGUUUUUCGUCACAUUAAGUUUACAAACCCGUACGCUUACCUUACGCUUAAGGAAUGUUUAUUCUUGGUCCGGAUUCGUAAUAUAGACAGUUCGGCGGUUUUGCUUAUUACUAGUCUGCCUAACGAUGAAACCCUUUUUUCUUAACCCAACUGAAUGUUUAUAAAUUACACUCGUUUAAAGUACGAAACCGCAGUAAAUUUGUAUUUGAACGCAAAAUGAAA